AUGACCCAGCCAACACCGCAAGCCAGCAAUACCGUUGUUUUUAUCUCCUACACCGUCUUCCUAAUUUUUGGACUACUCAUCGCCUGCAAACUGAGAAAUCAAUCAAAAGCAGAAUGGCUGUCUGGGAACAGAACCCAAUCCGCUAUCCCUCUGGCUCUCAACUUCAUCGCAUCCGCACUGGGGUCUGGAAUAUUGUUUAGUUACCCUCAACUUGCUACAAUUGCAGGCGUGCAGGGAAUGGUUACAUAUGCAGUCACUACUUCAGCUCCUUUGUUGGUCUUUGCGUACCUAGGCCCUGUCAUCAGGAAAAAAUGUCCAGACGGGUUUGUCUUGACAGAGUGGACUCGCCAGAGAUAUGGAGUAACUUGUGCUCUCUAUCUCUCGUUUCUCACACUGGUGACUAUGUUUCUCUACAUGAUUGCUGAGCUGUCCGCUUUGCACCAGAUUACGACAGCUCUCACUGGGAUCAAUGGUCUGCGCUUUGUACUGAUUCAAUGUGUUGUAACAACUAUCUAUACCUCUUUUGGAGGGUUUAAAAUUUCUUUCAUCACCGACAAUCUUCAGGGCACUAUGGUCAUAGGACUCGUCGUGAUCGCGUCCUUCAGCAUUGCCUUUGAAACAAAACUUGACCACAAUAUUAUUGAGCACAGCGGUCUACUCAAAACAAGCCUCCUCGGAUGGCAAUUACUUUAUAUUCUUCCUGUGGCAACCUUAACAAAUGACUUUUUUUUAUCCAAUUUUUGGAUUCGCACGUUUGCCUCCAAGACAGACAAAGAUUUGUGGAUUGGUGUAUCGAUUGCGACUGUUGCCGUUAUGCUCAUACUGCUACUGGUCGGCUCGACUGGUUUGAUCGCCGUCUGGACAGGAGCAUAUGACCCAUCUGACCCCAACCAGGACGGUAGCAUCGCUUUUUUCUAUCUUCUCGAGCAUCUCCCAUCGUGGUCAGUUGUGUUGGUCCUUGUUAUGGUUGUAACUCUUAGUACUGCAGCUUUUGAUAGCUUCCAGAGUGCCAUGGUCUCCACUGCGUCUAAUGAUAUCUUUCGCAACAGGCUAAAUAUAUGGUGGGUUCGCCUGGCCGUCGUUCUGGUUAUGAUACCUGUUGUUCUCAUUGCCCUCAAAGCACCUAGUAUUCUCCAAAUAUAUUUGAUUUCUGAUUUAAUUUCUGCUUCGACUAUACCGGUGCUUGUAUUGGGGCUGAUGGAUCGUAUGCACUUUUGGCGUGGAUUUGAGGUUAUUGUUGGAGGAAUAGGUGGCCUUUUCACCGUCUUCCUCUUUGGCACUGCAUACUAUGGCGAUACACGGCGGGGGCUGCGGCUUAUUCUUCUAGAAGAGGGUCUGUAUGCCAGUGACUGGAGUGUUUUUGGCGCCUUUGUCGCAGCUCCUAUUGGAGGUUUGUUGUGGGGCGGUUGUGCUCUAUUUUUCAGGCUGGGCUAUAGAUUAGUGAUGAGAAAGUCGGAUAAUCUCCGAGACUGCUUCACUAAACGACCAGCAAGUUCCAUACCCACAACUCCAGGCUCAGUGGCUUAA